AUGGCAAGAAUCACCAUGAACGCAUUAGUGUUGUGGAUUGAAUCGGGUACUUCGGACAUCAUGCCUUUGAAGUGUAUAUGUCCGAAAGAUAGGUAUGUUGGUGCCAUUACAGAAAUAUCAUGGAAGAAAACCGAAAAUUAUGACGCCGGUCGAGGAAAAGCGAAAGUGCUAGCUAUCAGCGAAGAUACUGAGCACUUAAAUUCGUUGACCGUAACGGUGGACGAUCGCUUGGAUGUUCCUCCAAACAAAGUUUUUGUUUGGGAAGUGAUCCAAGAUAAUUCUGGUAUACAAGAGAACAAGAAGAAAAUACAGGUGGCGUGCAUUAAUAAUAAAAAGAAUAUGGAUGCAGGCUUACGAGCGGAGCCAACUAUUUUUGAUAAUAAUGUGUUUGAUAAUAACGAGGACAUGAUUUUUAUUGUGGAAGAAAAUCCAUCUGAAGCAGUUGGGUCUCCAGCAGAUGUGUGCAGUGACUCAGAAAUUUCUACUGAAUUCUCUGAGGAGCAUACCAAAUCACUUGCAAUGGCGUAUCCAGUAAAAGUUACCAAGGAAGACAUAAAAAACACGAGCUUUGGGGAGCCGUACUGAAGUAUGCUUAUAGGCUUCAGAGCAAAAAAGAUGAAGAUGAGGCACACGAUUAUUUUAAGGAGGAACUAUCACCAGGAUGUGGAUUUUAUCUGCCAAAAACAAGAAAAUUAUAUAUUGAGCAUGUGUCGGAGAGUGCUAUAGGACACG